AAAUUUUGUAUACGUAAAAGUGGAGAACUUAUGAGAUAAACUGAUUGAAAGUGCUGCGUUUCAAAUUCAGAAGUCUCCUUUACUUUUCUGUUGCACUCGAACUUCGCUUCAAGACUUCAAUUAUCUCUCCCUCUCUUGCUCACAGAGAAUUAGAGAGAGGCGAGCUAGUGGCGGAGAAAUCUUGAUUUCAUGGAUGCAGUGGAGGAGCCUGACACUGAGAGAAGGAGCAACAGUAUUGGUAGUCACGGUCAACGGCGCGUGGGCUUGCUGUACGAUGAGAGGAUGUGUAAGCACUACACCCCAGGCAAUGACUACCAUCCCGAAAACCCAGACCGGAUUAGGGCUAUUUGGAAGAAGCUCCAGAACGCUGGUAUUCCUGAAAGAUGUGUGGUUUUGGAUGCCAAAGAAGCUGAAGACAAAUAUUUACUGUCAGUGCAUUCAAAAAAUCAUGUAAACCUGAUAAAGAACAUCAGUUUAAAACAAUUUAAUUCACGGAGGAAUAGGAUUGCAUCAAAAUUGAAUUCUAUUUAUUUCAACGAGGGUUCUUCAGAAGCUGCUUAUCUUGCUGCUGGCUCUGUUGUUGAGAUUGUUGAGAAAGUCGCAAGGAGGGAAUUGAAUUCUGCUGUUGCUAUUGUCCGGCCUCCAGGGCAUCAUGCAGAAUAUGGUGAAGCCAUGGGGUUCUGUCUAUUCAACAACGUGGCAAUUGCAUCAAGUUAUCUCCUAGAUGAAAGACCAGAAUUAGGUGUGAAGAAAAUUUUAAUUGUUGAUUGGGAUGUUCAUCAUGGAAAUGGCACUCAAAAAAUGUUCUGGAAUGAUUCUCGUGUGUUAUUCUUCUCUGUUCAUAGGCAUGAAUUUGGGAGUUUCUAUCCAGCAAAUGAUGAUGGUUUUUAUACCAUGAUUGGAGAAGGACCAGGUGCUGGGUUUACUGUUAACGUGCCCUGGGAAAAUGGGCGAUGUGGUGAUGCAGACUACUUUGCUGUUUGGGAUCACAUCUUGGUCCCUGUUGCCAAGGAAUUUAAUCCGGAUAUGAUUAUAGUAUCUGCUGGAUUUGAUGCAGCUGUUGGUGACCCUUUGGGAGGAUGUCGUGUUACCCCAGAUGGUUAUUCAGUUAUGUUGGAAAAGUUGUUGAAUUUUGCUCAAGGUAGGAUUGUGUUGGUGUUAGAAGGAGGAUAUAAUCUUAAAUCAAUAGCGAAUUCAAUGCUUGCUUGUGUGAAAGUUUUACUAGAAGAGAAGUCUAUUACAAGAUCCUUGGAGGCCUAUCCAUUUGAGUCUACAUGGCGUGUGAUACAAGCGGUCCGCCAGCAAUUAAGUCCAUUCUGGCCGACACUUGCCAACAAGUUACCUGAAAAUUUGAUUCGUCAAACAGCACCUCCUCCGCAUACUCUGAUCUCCAGCUCCGACUCUGAGACAGAGGAUGAUAAGGGUCCACAGAUUUCUGAAAAUCUAGAAGAGCUACUUCAGGGUGUUAUGGGGCCCCUCUCCAAGCUGAAUGUCGAUGUAGACAGUCAUGAACAACCAGCUACUGCUACUAACUCAUGGCGAUCAGAACUUUCAAAUAUUGUCAUCUGGUAUGCCUCAUAUGGAUCAAAAAUGUUGAAAUCGAGAUUUCUUAGCAAUACAGCGGGUGGGCAGUCGGAAGGUUUGCAAAUGCAAUGUUCUGGUGCAAUGGACACAACUCAACCAAGGGAGAUCCUGUGGAAAACAUUCCCUUGCUGUCUGUUUUUCGGUCGUGAUUCCUCAUAUAAGUGGGGUCCUGGUGGGGUUGCUUUCCUUAAUCCUGAAAGAAACUAUCAGGACAACACUUACAUGUGCCUGUACAAAAUUUCCAGGCUGGAGCAAUUAAAUGAUCUCUUGCUUCUGGAAAAUGGUCUAAGUCAGAAUAUUGGUUCUCCCUUGUUUGACACAACUGCCCUAAAUGUUAUUUCUAGCAAGGAAUUUGAUUCUCUGGAGGUUGUCAAGGGUGCUUGGUAUGGUAAUGUUGUAUAUUUGGGCAAGGAGCAGAACAUUCCAAUUCUUACCUUGACGUGUUCACUUUCUAAUAUUGAAAGCUUCAAAUCUGGGAAGCUACCCUUGCGUGCCCCUAACAAAUCUUAUGCCAACGCCUUAGUAAGAGGCUUGGUAGAAGGAGGACAGCUUUCUGAGGCAGAAGCUAUUGCCUACAUUGAUGCUGCUGCUGCUAAACCUUUAUAAUGACAGAUCAGCAUGUCAUUGCCUUUUGGUGUAAAUAUUUUAGAACUGUGACUUUUACACUAAGUACGUAAAAAAAUUGUUAGGUUUGGAUGAUUUGGUCCAUCUUUUAUGCCUUUUAUUUUGGAUGGUUUAAUACAUGAUCCUUGAUAUUGAUGUGUUGUUUCCUAUGAAAGCGGUGACAAGUAGUAUUGGAUGUAAACUAGGAUUGUUGCUCUCUGGCAUUCGAAAAUGAAGAAGUUUUAUUUA